GUGAUGGAAAGAAGGAUCUGGAACUACUCAAUGAAAUGCUUCCAUGUGGAAUAGAACCAACCGGGGUAUUUGUUUGUACUGAGACUGGUGGAGUAGAUGAAGGAUUGGAGCUCAUUAACCAACUCCCAACUCCACCCAAGGAGGACCAGGUUCCAAUGUGUAUUCUCAAGCAAGCCGGAACCCUCAAAGCAUAUCAGUUCAUCCAGGGUGAGCCUGUUGAAGCUGAUCUUGUGGUGAUGGGAGAAUCUGAGUUUAAAGAGCAGACUGUAACCAUCAGAGUGAGAGGAAAGAUGGAUUUAACCUGUGGAUUAACCAAGCCGGAAAUUGCAAUUGGAUUCAAGCAUCUUAUUGAGAAGGUUACUUGUCCCUAUGGAAGCUAUGUCCUGGAUGGAGAACAAGUAAUUUUUCUGCACAGAUUUAUAGAGAAGGGACUGGGCACAGGCUGGGCAAACCAGGCUGGUCAACUAACACAGGAAGAUGAGGAAGAUUGUGAAAUUGUUGGACCUGUCGGAGAAGAUUCGGUUGUUGAUGAUUUGUGGCAGUUCACUCAAACUCCAGAGGAGGACGACGGAUUUGGUUCUGGAUCUGUAAAAAGAAAGAAGGUUGAGAGAAAGGAUAGACUUGAGUUUAAUCUACUCUGGAACCUGACCAACCCGGCCUGUACAUCCAGGACUAUUGGUUGUGCCCCUAUUAUCCACUAUGAGAAGAAGGAAGCUAAGACUAUCUCUGUCCCAGUGUGUAUAGAUGCUUUAGGUUUAGUUCCAGCAAAUUCUAAAUCUAAAGAUCUUAUGGAUGUUCUCAAGGGGUGUGUUGCACGUCAAAUAGGAGAUAUUGCUGCAUCUGUUCUAUCAGAAUAUUCAGUUCAGAAGAGAGUUUCUACUCCUCAGGUGUUCCAUUUUAAGCCUGAUGGUUUACCACACUUCAUUACCAUCAUCUACCCAACUGCUGCUAAUAAUACAAUAUUCGAGGAUUACAGGAAAUCGAUUCAUGCCAGCUUUAUGCUCCCUAUGGAUCGGCCUGUUUUUAGGAAAGCUAAUGCCUGGCAGUGGCCUGAUCCUAGUAGUAAGGAUAAGUUGAUGAAUGUACACAGUACAAUUCUUGAGAAGCAUGGUGUACAGGGAGGACAGGUUGCAACAGUACAGGGGGUGUACACGUAUUACCAUUAUAUGCAGGAUGAGUUUGAUGAUGAUGGAUGGGGUUGUGCAUACAGAUCACUUCAGACACUCAUAUCUUGGUUCAAACAUCAGGGUUACACUGAUACCCGGAUCCCAACCCAUCGUGAGAUCCAGAAAUGUCUGGUUGACAUAGGAGACAAGGAAGCCAAGUUCAUCGGAUCUAAGCAAUGGAUCGGUAGCACUGAGGUUGGAUUUGUUCUUGAAACUUCGUGUAGUAUUCAAUCCAGAUUCAUCUCUGUAUCCUCAGGGGCAGAACUAGCUUCCAGGACACGUGACCUGAUUGCCCAUUUUGAGAGCGAGGGAUCCCCCGUGAUGAUCGGUGGUGGAGUUUACGCACACACUAUCCUAGGCGUGGCAUGGGACGAGAAAACAGACAAUUGUUCAUGGCUCAUACUGGAUCCACAUUAUACAGGAUCGGACGAUCUGAAGACUAUAUUGGCAAAGGGUUGGUGUGGAUGGAAGGGUGCAAAGUUCUGGAAUCAAACUGCUUUCUACAACAUGUGCUUACCGCAGAGACCAAAGAAUGUUAUCUGAAGCUAACAGCGAGACUCCUCAACCUGUUGAUAUAACUGAAGACACUAUUGACUAUAUAGUAUAUAGAGCAAGUUUUGGUCUCAAAAUGAAAUAUCUUCCGACAAACACACAUCCGUAAUGUGAUGUUGUUAAAAAUGUGAUGCAUUUCAUACACUUGUGCAACUUUGAAAUACUUUACUUUAUACAUGCUGCUUUUUUUACGUUGCUAAAACUAGUUCGCCCUUUAAACUUCCAGUCUGGAUCUGUGUUAAUAGAGCUGAGAACCAUUCCUGUCUUAUCAAAUUGAACUGUAUUCACUACUUUCAGGAAAUUAAAUCGAUAUUUUUUUAUUUAGAAUUGGAAUUCGGGAAAAUUUAUGUUAUAGCUGCAUUUCUUUGUUAAAAUUUUUAUAAAUCUUUAUUUAUUAAGAUAAAUAGUUUUAUGCUGUAUUAAAAUGUGAUGAAACGGUAACACUUUAUUUUGUUUAAUGUUAUAAUUUGGUGAAGGUUGUUUAUUUUGUAAGAGACAUUUAUUUUUAAAUAAAAAACCCGACAUUUU